GAGCCCCAAAAAUAGAUCCUCAGGGCGGACGCCCGAGCCCGAAAGGCAGACUCUCCGGCGGGCGCCAUGGGCCCGGGAGACGCGGGUCACCGCGGGGCCGCCUCGCCGGUACCGCCGCCAUUCGCGCGCGUCGCGCCCUCGCUCUUCCUCGGGAGCGCGCGCGCCGCGGGCGCAGGGGAGCAGCUGGCGCGCGCAGGCGUCACGCUGUGCGUCAACGUCUCCCGCCAGCAGCCCGGCCCGAGCGCGCCCGGCGUGGCCGAGCUGCGCGUGCCCGUGUUCGACGACCCGGCCGAGGACUUGCUGGCGCACCUGGAGCCCACGUGCGCCGCCAUGGAAGCCGCGGUGCGCGCCGGCGGCGCCUGCCUAGUCUACUGCAAGAAUGGCCGCAGCCGCUCGGCCGCCGUCUGCACCGCCUACCUCAUGCGGCACCGCGGCCUCAGCCUGACUCAGGCCUUCCAGGCGGUGAAGAGCGCUCGCCCGGUAGCGGAACCCAACCCGGGCUUCUGGUGCCAGCUCCAGAAGUAUGAGGAGGCCCUCCAGGCCCAGCCCCGCCUGCGGGCAGAGCCCCCAGCCCUGGGCGUGGGUCCCGAAGCCUGAAGAGGGGGCCCGGGGACAGAACGUCCCUGCGCCCGUCCGGGGCGGCCCGUCCCUCCUCCCGGUCGCGCCGAGCUCUCCUUUCUGUGUGCGUGAAACGGUGCUUUCAGUUGUCUAUUUCCGGCUGAGCUGAGGAACAAAUCAUCUUACGGAUGCAAAGAUACAUUUGGUAAAACACCGAAGACAGAUUAAGCAAAAGCAAAGCGGUCCUUCAUUGUUCAUACCCAGAGAGUCUCGCGCAGUUGGGGGCGCGGGUGCGUUCCUCCCGCCGCAGCGAAGGGCCGGAGCACAGACUGCAGGAACCAGACUCUGGUCACAGGUGAAAUCGGGAACAGCAAGUCCUCUUGCGUUUAUUUUUAGCAGUGUCGUAAGAACGGACUGGUUCUUCCUGCCUGACCAGAUGCUUCUGUUUGAGAAAAUGCCCCCCACGUGGGACGACUACGUCAGGAGAGCUGUUGAUGAAGACACUGUGGAAGGGCAGCUUGGGUGACUGUGGAAUGACUCUCUUCACCUGCCCCUCUGCAGUAGAGCUAGAGCUGUCCCACAGGAGUCAGGACAAUAUGGACAUCCUUUUUCUAUUACUGGAGAACUCUGGGACGUUAAGAAUUUCGGAAGUGAAUUUUUCUCCCAUAGCUUCUGGUGUUACCUGUAGUGAAAAUAAAGCCAGGUUUUUUUGCUCCUUUCACAAAGCGGCUUCGUCUGGGGAGGAAGCCUGGUAGAUUAUAUUAUUUCCAUCUCUCGGGGAUAACAGUGUGGCACACAGACAACAGAGUAAGAAAUGGCUUUCAUACAUUUUUCCGUGGGAUGGCCAUUCUCAAUGUUCUCCAAUAAAUUGGGGUCAUCACAGGACUUGGAAGAUCAGACGUUGCUGUAGGAGCACCCUGACUGAGGCUCACGGAAGACAUCAGGACUGUGUCUGCAGGAAGGAACUCCCCAUCGAGGCCUUCACAUGCCACCCACAUUCAGCUCUUUGUGCUUAAUCUUGUGCCAUGAAUCCUGUCUAACACUUUUGUGUUCUUUAGUUAAUUAUUUUGUCUGCCAUAUGUCAUUUAUAAUCUAUAACCUCUUUGAUGCCUGAAGUCAUAAGGAUCAUCAAAGGCAAGAGAGUCGUAUGUCUUCCCAUUGGAGACACAGCUGGAACUUGCCGCCAUGACGUAAUAAACAAGAAGAAAGCA